ACAAAAUCAAAACACAUUGUGACACCCGUUUAUUUGGCGCAAUGGUGUGGUGGCUUGGGCUGAUGGCACUGGUGGAUACAGCUUCAGCUGAAAGCUGCCUGGUGCAAGGUAUGGCAUACCAAAGUUCGAGAGUUGGAACUCUGCCAAACGGCGCGUGGGUGAGCGAUGCAUCCACUUGUCAGAGUAACUGUGCAGCGAGUCCUUUCUGCGACUAUUUCACCUGGUACAAUGAUUCCAAGAGCUGUUGGCUCUUUGGAGACCAAGCCACUUUGAAAGCUCAUGGCAAUGCUACCUCUGGGCCAAAGAUCUGCGACCCAGUUGACACAAAGAUGAGUGUGACGACAGGAAGCGAGGAGGACGAAAAGAAGGUUGUUGCGAAAUUGGGCAAACUGGCCCAGGUCAUCAAGACAAAGACGAAUGAUCCAAAGGUCAUCGAAGAUGCUGACAAGGUCAUUCGAUCCACCUCAGCUGGAAUUCUUCCUGAUCGUGACAUUGUGUAUCCUGUGGUCAACGAAGUCAGCGCGGUUUUGACCUUGGAAGAGGCUGAGAAGGAAGACAUUGUGGUGGUGGAAGAGGACCUGAAAGUCAUCAACAACAAGGAGCUAGGGGGCUUGGAGCCGGCAAAGCCGGGUGUCUCCUAUGGUGCUGGUGCUCCUUGGAGAGAUGCCGUGGUUCCCUACUGCUUCCUCCCCAGCAUCUCUCAUGCAAGUAUUCAGAACACCCAAGCAGCGGUUAACAUCAUCCGGCGCUUGGUCCCUGGCAUCACUUUCAAACCACUGCGUGGCAACGAUGGUGGUUGUGAGGAGUCACCAGCAAUCUUUGUGACCGACCGGGAGCAGGUCUUUGGUGGCAGCCAGGUCAUGAAUGUCCCGCCAAUUUGUUCUGUGGGCGUGGUGCUUCACGAGUUGCUACAUGCUUUAGGCAUGGCACACGAACAAGCACGACCCGAUCGAGACAAGUACAUCACUGUUCUUUGGCAGAAUAUCAAACCCGGCAUGGAGGGCCAGUUUGGCGUGAUGGGGAAUGCAGACGCUUCACGGCCCUAUGACCUCACCUCCAUCAUGCACUAUGGUCCAACGGCCUUCACCAAGAACGGCUUACCUACACUGGCCCUCACAGCCAGAGGUCAACAACAGCUGAAUGCCCUGGGAGCCUACACCAUCGGGCAGCGUGAUACCCUUAGCCAGCUGGACUUCGAGCAGCUUGUGCACCUCUAUCACUGCACUGCAGAUGUGAGGGGCAUGUAUUCCACCUGCAACCCACCACCACCAACAGACUGGCUUGCUAUCCUAGUAGGCGUGUUCGCAGCCAUUGCUAUCUUGGGAUGCGGGGCUUUCUGCCUGUAUUUUUAUUGCAAGAAGCAGCGGCAGCUGCAGCGAAAGGCGGCAGGCCCAGAGAGCCGCCCCUUGAUGGUGGCGGUGCCAUCGCCAGCAUCGCCACAGUUCUCGCCCCAAAAGGCCCCAAGGAUGCAACCGGGCCCUCCAAGAAUGAAAGGGCAGCCUGUGAUGUAUCUACCAGGUCCCAGAUAAACCAGAGUUGCCCAAAGUUGGCACUGACAAUUUUCUAUAGGAACCAAAGUACAUACAGCUGAUGCGAUUCCUUGAGAAUCUACUGUAUAUAGAUUGUCAGAUUGAAUGCAUACGCGAACUGGAGCAAAA